CUGUCUCUAAGGCGGGCGGUGGCGAACUAAUAGACCUGUUCGGGUAGUUCCGGGAAGCGCGCGGCGUCAUUCCGCUCUCCCUUGGUUCCACCCGCGACAUUCCCUUCGUCACGCGCUCCCCUCCCCCUUCCGCCCUGCUACCUUGUCACCAGCUGAGGAACCUCAGCGGGACCAUGGCUGGUCAGCAGGACAAGGCUGCCUUAAUUAUCGAAACCAGACGGCGCUUUGAGACUGAAUAUCUGCCAGAUAAAUCAGAUAAAUAUGAUUCCAGAGAUGUGGAAAGAUUGCAGCAAGAUGAUAAUUGGAUUGAAAAUUAUUUAAUUUGGCGUCAUGAUGUUGUGGAUGAUACACUGAAGAUGAUUGAUGAAAGCUUUCAGUGGAGGAAAGAAUACAUGGUCAAUGAUUUGUCUGAAUCUGCCCUUCCAAAAUGGUUAUUUGAAAAUGGUGCUCUUUACCUGCAUGGAUAUGAUAAAGAGGGCUACAAGUUAUUCUGGUUCAGGGUGAAGUUUCAUACAAAAGAUCCUAAACAGCAGUUUGAAAAAAAGAAGUUUGUAGCCUUUUGGUUAGAGCAUUAUGCCAGGAGAGAGCAUGGAAAGCCUUUAACAGUGGUGUUUGACAUGGCUGAAACUGGACUCAGUCACAUAGACUUGGACUUCAUUCGGUUCAUCAUCAACUGUUUUAAAGUUUAUUAUCCUAAUUACCUCUCAAAGAUAGUGAUCUUUGAAAUGCCAUGGAUAAUGAAUGCUGCUUUUAAAAUUGUGAAGGGUUGGCUUGGUCCAGAUGCAAUAAGCAUGUUGAAGUUUACAAACAAGAAUGAAGUGCAGGAAUACAUCAGUGUGGAGUAUCUGCCUGCCUACAUGGGUGGAAUUGAUACUUUCAAGUACAGUUACCCUCCAUUGGUUGAUGAUGAUUUUCAAACUCCAUUAUGUGAAAAUGGACCUAUUACUACUGAACAUGAAACUGAAAGUAAAGAAGAGGUGGAAGCAGACAGCAAGGAGGCUGGAGAAUUCAGUGAAGAGCAAAUUCUCAAUGCGAAAAAGGUAUGUUCUAUAGAACAAAUUUCCAAACCAGAAGAGAAUGACAAAACAGAUUCCAAAACAAAAAAUGCAAAGAAAGCAUUAACCAUUUUUAAAGGACCGUUAUUACAUAUAAGUCCGGCAGAAGAGUUGUUUUUUGGAUCCAAAGAAAUUGGAGAGAGAAAAUGCUUGAUAGUUCUGACAAAUGUGACUAAAAAUGUGGUGGCCUUUAAGGUGAGAACAACUGCUCCUGACAAGUAUAGAGUUAAACCAAGUAAUAGUAGCUGUGAACCUGGUACAUCAAUAGACAUAGUAGUAUCCCUCCAUGGUGGUUUUGCCGCUUCCCUGCAGGACCGUUUCCUGAUAAUGGCAGCAGAAAUGGACCAGGCUUCUGGGGCAGGUGUACCAGAAUUAGCUCAGUUUUGGAAAGAAGUCCCUAGAAACAAAGUGAUGGAACAUAGGUUAAGAUGUCAUGUUGUAGAAAGUAGCAAGCCUUCUACUCUAACAUUAAAAGAGAAUUCAUUUAAUAUUCCUACAAAAAACAAUGAAGAUUUACACUUGCAGCUAACUCAAUUAUUACAGGUUAAUAGAAGACUUCAAGAGCAGAUUGAUCGCUGUGUCUGGUUCCAGCAGCUAAUAGUUGUAUUAGCAUUGUUCUUAAUUGCUAUUGCUCCCUUUUGCUUCUACGUGUUGUACACUCAGAGAUGCUAAACAGCAAUGCUUUGCAUUACCCUUGCUGGCUGUGUUAAUCGGUUUGAAAGGAGAGAGAAUCCAAUGCUGCUCCAUUAAACCCUGAAACUACCAAAAACGAGAGAGGUCUGUGCUGUAAAGUACAACGUUGAGUCAUACUAUUUGCUGUUAAAAGAAGAAACGAAAGACAACAAGAGUUCAGAAAUUUACUGAAACUGUCUUGAAGCUUACAGUACAGACAAAAGAGGAUAUUAAAAGAGCUAGGAGCUAUGUUCACUGGACAAGUUAUUGAAUAUUACCAAACAGAAAAGAUGAGUAAAUGUAACAAUAUACCAUAACUGUAAAACUUUAUAGAAUAUAUUAUUUGUCUCUUUUUGGUUGAAGUACUUUGAAUGUCACCUUUUUAGUUUCAUUCAUUCUCACAUUCUCAUGCAUAAAGGAUAUACUAAAAGGUGCAAGCAGGCUGCUUAAAUUUAUUUAAAAAAAUAACUUUUUUUUUUUUUUUUUUUACAGAAUUGUUAUAUAGUACAGGUUAGAUUUUUCUUACAUGAUGUGUGUAUGUACAUAGUGUAUAUGAAAAUAGGGAGACAUGGCCCUAUAGUACACAGUAGUUAAAUGGUGAAAUUAAGGAACAGCAUUCUUAUCAUGGUUAAGUCUUUAUUUUUGUUUUUUUCUGAAUGUAAAACUAUUGUAUAAAUAUUUCAUGCCAAAUAGUAUACACAGUACAUCAGCUUGUAGCCGUAUUCCCCAGAAAAAAUGCCUGCCAUAAUUCUGAAGAAAUUUGAUAAAAAUACUUCUGUUGAGAUGCUGUCUUAAUUAAUUAUAGAUAUUUUGUUUUAUUAAAUUUUCCUACUUUAAUGUUUACUAAUUUCACAUUGUUGUGGAAGGAACUCUUUAUACGAACUUCAAAGCAACAUGCUGUUAAGUAGGUCAGCAAUAGUCAACUGCAUGAUUCAUAUAAAAGCUAAAAAUCAAUGUAAGAAACAUUUCUGAGAGAUGUGCAAUCAUUCAAUCAUGCAUGAAUAUUUGGAGGAAACAAGCCAGAUCAGGAAAAGAUUGAGUAUAUUAGAUAGACUAUGAAAAAUAUAGUAUCUGCUGCUUCUUUGAAAGCAUUUUAGGAAUGGUAUAUAAAACGAGUGAGAAUUUAUUCUAGCAAAGAUUCUUUGUACUCAUUUCUGUAAAUAUUUAUAUUGAAAUGAUCUAAAAAUUAAAAGCCUAAAAGGAGACAUGGUAUCUUUCAUAGAUUUUUAAGGGUCUUCUGCCCCCCCCCCCCUUUUUUUUUGACUGACCAUUUAUAAUAAAUGCUUGAAACUUAAAACUGAAAUCUGGUUCUUGUUUUCACCACAAAUUGGCUUGUCCGGAUAAGUCUCUUUAUUAGUGCUGGGCCGAUGGCUUUGAUUUUUUUUAAUCAAUUAGAAAAGAUCACUGCAGAGUUCAUGUUACAUUUUGAAUGUACUGUUCCCCCCCACCACCCAAAAAAAAAAAUUUAAGGGUGGGAAGAACAGGACAAACUGGGUGUCAGUGUCUCUUUAAUGAUUAUAGGUGUGGCAUCAUUGACAUAAAGUAAAAGAAAAUUGUUUUAAAAAAAUUUGAUCAGUAUUUUAUUCUACAAAAUUAGGUAGUAAACUAAUAGACUAAUUCUGAUUAAGCAGAAUAUCAAUCCAAUAAGAUUACUAAAAAUUUACUAUAUAAAUUGAAAGCUUUUGCAGAAAUACCUUUGUUCUUGGUGAGCUAUACUGAAUUAACUCAUACUUCACAUUACUUUAUCACAGUGUUCUCUUUAUUUUUUCAUUAUUCUGGAUUUUGUUCAGCUUGCUUUCUGCUGUUCUUGUAUUUUCUAUAAUAUUUAAUACAUUCAAACAUAAGUUACCAUUAGCCAUAUUGUUUAAAUUAUUUUCCUGUACUUCAGAUUCCAAAUAUUUCACUGUUAACAAAGCAUUUAAUGGAACAUCCUCUGGACAAAUAAUCUAGAGUUCUGGCAACAUACAAUAAUUUGUAAAUUAGAGAAAAGUUUUACUAACUCUGUUUAUAAAAUGCUUAUCACUAAUUUUGACUGAAUAUAGUAGCACUUUUUGUAAAAUUGCAAGAAAUAUAUUCUUAGAAUCUUUGCCAAUAUAAAUAUUCUAAUGCUCUGGUGCUUUCAUAUAUUUUCAGUAUUUUUAAUACAAUGUUAGUAUUUACUUUGUAUAAUUGAUCAGAUGAACAUGUUUUCUAUUUUAAUAUGUUUUAGAGGAAUAAAUGCACUUGUGAAAGAUAAGGAAAAAAUGUGGCAUUUACUGUUUAGAGUCUUACAAAAUUGAUUGUAGAGUUAAAAAUCUGUGGGUUUUGCGGUAGGAUUUUGUCCUUUUAGGGUACAGUUCCUAGCACAGUAAGACACCAACCUAGCAAUGGCAUCUAGGUACCAGGUUUACCGUGUGUGUGUGUGUUUGUAAUGUACACACACCACACACACAGUCUUGUUAAACCUAACCAGAAUUUCAGUACCAUAUAGCGCAUGAAGAUAUAAAUGUAAUCCAAAGAGCAUAAUGAACCACAUUAAUUUCACUUUUGGGGCUAGGUUUAUUUGGUACUUCCUCAGUGCAAGGUGCUGGACUUGAGGACCUCUGAAGGUCCUUUUGUGUCCUACAUUUCAACGAUCACGCAACAUACAGUUACUCUUUGAGUAGUGUUCCUAUGAGUGAUCCACUUCAGGCACACAUGUGCCUCUUGAGCCUUGAUUGGAAACUUUCAGCUAGAAGUGUCCAUUUGGCCUGCGCAUGUUCCCUGUGCCUCCUCAUGCCAGACACCGAGGCUAUAUAGGGGUGCAUGGGUGAUCUGCCCUCAGUUCCAUCUCAACUGCCUCGACCUGAGACGGAGACUUAGCGUGUCUGCCUUGAGCAUGCCUCAGCCUUUCUAAUAUUUCCUUAGUGUUAAGAUACUUAGUCUAGUAGUUGGUGGUAGUUUGUGUAGUUAUAGUUAAUUAGUUUUUAUACAUGUUGAGGGGUUAGUUUGUUCUCCUCUUCCUUUUCCCUCUGGGAGACUCGUUUUCAUGGCAGAGCAUGCCUGGCUUGCCAGGCUUCAAACGCUGCCUCUCCUGCCAAGAGGCCAUUCCUGUAAUCAACAGCCGCUCUAAGCAUGUCAGUUGCUUGGAGGAGUCCCACGUCUCCCAGAAGUGAAACUUCUGCUUGGCCCUCAAUUCUAGGGGAAGGAAGAACAGGGAGAUCAAUUAAAUACUGUUCGUGAUGAAAAGCUCCCUGUGACCAGAACCAGGUCAGGCGACCCUCUCCCCUACAAACACCGUACAUCUGGCCCCAGACAGAUCCAGUGCCCCCUCUACCUUGGGGCAUGCUUCCUGUAAGGAAGGGAAAAUUUUGGAGGCUUCUGGGAAGACUCUCAAAAAGAGGAGUGUGGACUCACUCCGGUGAACCAGCUCCAAAAAAGAUCAGGUCCCUAAUCAAGUCUAUGGUCUCUGAGGGUACCAUUGAGACCAAGGACUCCUCUGCUGAUACAAGCUAGGCUGUGAAGCCCCAGAGCUCUGAAGAAAAGAGACAUCCCUUCAAUAGGGCUCCAGUAUGCUUUCUCAGUAAGAAGAACGGUCAUAGAGGACUACUGAGUUGGGCUCAGCCAUUGAUAAAGACCCAGCAUUUUUCUAGGUUUAUCCCUUACCAUAAGGACUAGAAAAGGCUGGAUCUCCUAUGGGCGAAAGUCCUAUUCAUCAGUAACCCUGCAAUUUUUAAUUGCAAAUUAGCAGGCGAUCAUGGCUAAAUACAACCUCACCAAUUAUAACAGGCCUGUGACCUUUACUGAACAAUUGCCACAAGGACAUGGGGAGCAGUUCCAGUCUGUGGUCUCUGAGAACCAAUUAAUAGCCAGAACUGCUCUUCAAGCAUCCUUAGGUGCUGCGGACACUGCGGCCAGAUCCAUCUCCCCAGUGAUAGGCAUGGGGCAUCAUGACUCCAGCUCUCAGAGUUUCUAAAAGAGGUACAACGCUGUGGGGGACCUCCCCUUCGACAGUCAUAAACUCUUUUAGGAACCAUGAAGUGUCCCUGCACAUACUGAAGGACUCGAGAGCUACCUUACACUUCCUGAGUAUAUAUACACCUACAAAUAAGAAGAGUUUUAAUAAGCCACAGACUGCUCAGAGGUCACGUUCUGCUCAGUCUUCUGGAUUCCAUAGAUCCUCUGAACCCUGCAGAAAGAGAGACAGAUUCCAGAGAAAAAGAGCUGCUCAACUACCCUCCUUGGCCACCUAGGCCUUAUCCAAGCAUCAGUUUUGAUAGGUUAGUCAAGAGUUAAUCCUCUCAUACCUCUGGAGUUAUAGUUGCAUCCAUUGACCUAGCUCUCCCUUUGGGGACCAGUCAAGCUUGGGGACAAGGGGGUCAUGGAGGUCAUAACAUCAGGCUAUACCAUCCAUUUUACAUUGCUUCCUCCCUUUCACCUCCAUUCCCUGUCACUGUUCAGGGACCCUUUUCAAAAAUUUAUGUUAAGACAGCAGUUGGACUCUCUCCUCCAGCUAGGAGCAAUAGAAACAGUCCUUUCCCCUCACAUGGGUGCAAGAGGUUUUACUCAAACUGUUUCCUGGUGUCAGAGUCUUCCGUCCUCUGUCCUAUCUUAGAUCUAAGAUGCUUAAACAAGAAUGUGAAGCCUCAAAAGUCUAGGAUGAUGACUAUGGCAACAGUAAGUCCUUUACUGGAGGAAGGAGAUUAGAUUUCGGCUCUCUACCUACAAGAUGCCUAUUUUCAUAUAUCGAUACACACAUCACACAGGAAAUACCCACGCUUCACCAUAGGCCAGGAUCAUUUCCAAUACCGGGUGCUUCCCUUUGGCCUGGCAUCAUCCCCAAGGGUGUUCUCAAAGGUAUUGGCAGUAAUGGCAGCUUACCUUUGGCAGGAAGUGAUCCUGGUCUUUCUGUACCUCAACAACUGGCUGCUCAAAGGUCUCUCCCACAAAAGUACUGUUAUCCAUCCACAUGGCCCUUGCUCUGUUCCAGGAGUUGGGCCUGCAGCUGAAUGUAAAAAAAUCCACAUUGACACCUGUACAAAGGAUGCAGUUUGUAGGAGCAUAUUUGAACUCAUUGACAGCCAGACCCUACCUUUGUUUGGGCACUUUAGGACAUGGCAGCUUGCAUCUGUGUGAUGGAUUACAUAAGGCUGCAUUUUUUUAUGCUUCCAGUGUUGGCUCUGAUCAACCUACUCCCCAGUCAGGGAUAUCCUGGACAGGCUGUAAUGGUUCCCCUGCAAGUAAAAAAAUAAAUAAAUAAAAAAC